AGGCAUUGUCAUAGGUGUUUUUUACGCCCGCGCGGGAGCGCGCCCCGGCUGCGCCGCGCCAGUGCACGGGAGCGCGCUCCUCGGCGCGGGAGCGCGCCCCGGGGAGAGCCCGAGCAAGAUGGAGGCCACGCAGAGGACGCCGCCUGGGCCGAGGCAUCCACUGCCUGGAGCACCGAGCCCCGGCGCUUGAGCCCUGCCGGUCCCGGAUCAGCCAUCCCGACCCGGCCCAGGUUGGUCCUCCCGCAUCCCUUCUCCGCAGCCGCAGCCUCCGCGCGCGUCCGGCCUGCGUGCAGGGCAGCCACCCCCCAGCUCCGGCCCUACCGGGGCCCAGCCGCUCCCCCGCGCUCCGGCCUGGCCCCUGCCCGCUGCCCUCCCCUCCAGGCCCAGACUGCCCCCUGGCCUCGGGCUCCCUGUCUCCUUGGCCUGAAAAGCCACUCGCUCCGGCCCUGGCCCGCCAAUCCUAGACUACACCCCCCCCCCCCCGCAGCCGACAUUCAGCCCCGGCUUCUAAGGAGCACCCCCCCCCCCCACUCCCCAUCACUCGUGUAGACCAUCCAGUGUCAGCCCCUGAUUCCACGCUAGCCUCAUCCUGAUUCCAACACUUAGCCCUGGUUACCAGUUCCUGGCCCCUGCCUGGCCCUACUGUAACCUUCCUCAUGCCCUCAGUACCAGCCCCUGACAACCUCUUCUCCCCUUCCUUAUGGAAAAGCGUCCGUCAGCUUCCAGAUUCCCUUCAGACACCCAGUCCCAGACCCGCUACCCCUAAAAACAGUCCCAGUAUGCCCUCCCCAGCUUUCUAUUAGGUGCCUGUUAAUGCUCCAGUAUUGAUCUCCAUCUUUCAUUGGAUCUCCCCAUGGUCCCCUCUUAUCCCAUCACCAGUUCCCAAGCCCCCUCUCCAACUCCCCCACCAGCACUUUCUGGUACCCCCCCCCCCCCACUUCCAACUCCCAUGUCCUCAUCUCAGCCCCCAACUUUCCCAUACUCCUCUUCCUAGGCCCCCCAGUACGAAACCUUAGCUAGUCCUUCAAGUCGCCGCCCCAACACUGUCAUGACCCCCUCCUAGCUACCCAGCCAGCCCCCAGGUCCCCAGCUCCGCCCCAGGCCCCGCCCUUACGAGUUCCUUGACUCAGGGCUGCUUCUCGCGUGCGUCCCCAGCUCCCGCCCCGCAGCCCGGUGGUCCACCCCGGGCCGGCGGCCCCCUACCAGCAGCCGCCGCCGGCCCCGCCCCCGGGCACCAUGCUGCCCUCGCAGGAGGCCUCCAAGCUCUACCAUGAGCACUACAUGCGGAACUCGCGGGCCAUCGGCGUGCUGUGGGCCAUCUUCACCAUCUGCUUCGCCAUCAUCAACGUGGUGGUCUUCAUCCAGCCCUACUGGGUAGGAGACAGCGUGAGCACCCCCAAGCCUGGCUACUUCGGCCUCUUCCAUUACUGCGUGGGCAGCGGGUUAGCGGGCCGCGAGCUCACCUGCCGGGGCUCUUUCACCGACUUCAGCACCAUCCCGUCCAGCGCCUUCAAGGCGGCCGCCUUCUUCGUGUUGCUUUCCAUGGUGCUGAUUCUCGGCUGCAUCACCUGCUUCGCCCUUUUCUUCUUCUGCAACACCGCCACCGUCUACAAGAUCUGCGCCUGGAUGCAACUCUUGGCAGCUCUGUGCCUCGUGUUGGGCUGCAUGAUCUUCCCUGAUGGCUGGGACGCCGAGACCAUCCGGGACAUGUGCGGGGCCAAGACGGGGAAGUACUCCCUGGGGGACUGUUCGGUGCGCUGGGCGUACAUUCUGGCCAUCAUCGGGAUCCUCAACGCGCUCAUCCUGUCCUUCCUCGCCUUCGUGCUGGGCAACCGGCAGACUGACCUGCUCCAGGAGGAGCUCAAACAGGAGAACAAAGAUUUUGUAGGCACCACAGUCAGUUCGGUGUUGCGACCAGGAGGUGAUGUCUCUGGAUGGGGAGUCCUGCCAUGCCCUGUUGCUCAUACACAGGGACCCUGAGAGCCAGAACUGUAGCCCAGGAGUUGGCCCGAUCUCAGCAUCUUUCGUCUGCUGCCCUCUCGUUCCUGCGGUCAAGCUCCGGACCCCAAUCUCUGACUGCACACAGCUCCAGGCUUUGAAGAGAGGCGGGGGUGGGGUGGCAGCUUGGCGGAAGGCAGAGGCCCUUGAGGUCCUGAUUCUGGUCCUGCCUCCUAAGGGAGCCUGGCUCUCCCUCUCUGGUCCUUCCGUUUCCUUCUCACCGUGUAGACUAGCUGGAGGUCCCUGAGGACCCCCGAGGAAGGAAGCUCUGCAGUGCGGGCUUCUCAGACCCCUUCAGUCUGGAAGGCUGCCUGCUGCGUCCUUGCCUCCCCAGUCCUGGUCUCCUAAAGAGACUCCUUCAAGACACUGCCCCAGGAGGGCCAGACUUUUUCCUACUUUAUUUUUAUUUGCUGAUGAUGGUCCCACCACAUCUGCCACAAAGCUCCAGGUGCCACCAGCCCCACCCACGGGGCCUCUUCUGACUCCCUCAUUCAAGCCUGCACCCAGCUCUCAAAGGAAUCGAAGCCGUGCUGAGGGAGAAAAGAUAGGGUCUUCCUUCCCACUGCUGGUAAUCCCUCAUCACCUCAGAGUCUGAGGGGAGACACAGGCUCUGGAGGCUGCGGGAGGAGGAGGCAGCUGAUCACCGCAGCUUGAGUUUGCCAGUUUCCCAGCCUGGGACUGGCCUGGCCUCUUCUCUACUGGGAUAGCUCAUCAGUGACUGAGCCCUUGACUCUGGCCUGUUUUGUACAGCAUAGACUUCUCGGGCCCAUUGUCAGGGUCAGUGGCUGUGGAGAGGGGGCUCAGAGGUGGAGUUAGGGGAUCCUCUCUCCUUCUCUCGCUUCCUACACCUCGGACAUCUGCCAAAGGCAGGGACUGUCUUGCGUCUUUGAUACUUUUCUGCUAACUUGAACUUGCAGGUCACCUCUGAACAGGGUACCCUUGUCCCCAUCCCAGGCCCUGUUACUUUGUCCCUAACUCUUUCUCCUCCUUGCCCACUCUCGCCUUGCGAUAUGCCCAGGGUCUGCAACCUCAUGGGCAGUGCUUGGAGUUGAGGUGUGUGUGUGCGUGCGUGCGUGUGUGUGUGCGUGUGUUUGUGUGCACACGUGCGUAUGUGCGUGUAUGCAUGCGUGUGUGUUAGGGAGGGGCAGAUGAGACGAUCUCUCUUCUUCUCUCACCAUGGGGCCUCCUCUCUUCUCUCAUUAGCAGAGAGAAAAUGAGGGAGAUUCCAGGUGUUUUUUGGACCAUCCUUGGUUACCUUAUAGACCUGGUAGCAGAACCAUCUCGUCAUUGACAAGCCUUCUGUCCCCAAUGGAGGGGUGGCAGACUAGCUGCAUCUAGCAUAAUGCCUCCUGGGGCAUGGCCUGCCGCGUGGUCCCUGUGUCGAGGAGUGUGUGGUCCCUAUGGGCUCCACAGGGGGCUCAUCACUUCCGUGUGUCAUGUGGGCCUCAGCCAGAGUUGGAAGGGUGACUAGUCCACAUAUUUGCUGUCCUUGUGUUCACUUCCAAGCUCAGACUUGGAGCUGAGAGUUAGGAUUCCUGAGCAAGACCCAUGACCCAAGGCUGCCCCAUUCAGACCCUGGCUGGAAUCUGAUUCUGGCUCCUGGAAGGAUUCCUGAUACCAGGCAUUUUCCAGACCGCAUCUCCACUUUUCCUCCUCUUUCCUCCAGGACAGACACCUCCUCCCGAGCUUUGGUGACUGCCCCGUGUCCCCCACACACACUUGUUCCCAUCCAGUCCCCUCCUAGAGCCCCAGCACUGGAGCUGUCUUCUGCAGGUGGCCAGGAGACUGGGAAUGAAUGGGGUGGGGCUUGUAUGAAGGAGAAGAGAGCAGGAGUCAGUUCCUCAGAUUCAAACCAGAAGAUAGGAGGGCAAGGUAGUGGGUGACAGAUUGGGAACUAGGCAGGGAGGAAGCAGGAGCAGAGCCAGAGAAGCAAAGAUGAGAUGGGAGACAGGCAUGGCAAGGGAGGGGCUGUGUGGUGCAGAAGGAGUUCAAGGAGGGAUCUAGAGAGACACACAGUGAUGGGGAAGAGAAGAAUUGGAGAGGGGUUUCCGUGGAGUAGCGGGCAGUGGGUGAAGAGGAACAGGAAGUGGGAGAUGGAGGUGUGGUUCGCAGUGGGCAAGAAUAAAAUGUAGAGAAGAGGGUCGGCAGGAGGAGGGGGAAGAAGAAAUGCUGGAGGUGGGGCGAGGAGGGCAGCCAUGUGGGUGCUUGAAGACUGUUCCCCUAAGGACACCUGCUGUCCAAGCCAUCCCCCCCACCAUGCUUUGGUGGACAGGCUAGAAACGACUCCGUGGAGGUCAAGGGACUGGAGGUCUGUGGUCCAAGCAGUUUUGUUCCUUUGUGGAGAGAGACUGUGUGUGUCUGUGUGUGUGAGCGCACGCGUGUUCGCGAGAAUGUGAGAGUGUGUGUAUGUUUGUGUGUGUGUGUGUUUGUAUGUGCGUGUGCGCGUCAGCAGUAGGGUAACCACACGGGGGAGGAAGGAAACUAAUUCCUUUUGGGGAGCCGUCUAACAGUGUUCCCAUCCAUACCGUAGCCAACCGGCUACUGCCCAGCAAUUUGAGAUCCAUUGUGGAGUUUCAGGUUGGUGGGCUGAAGUCUGCAGGAGCCCCAGGAUAGCACGGGGAAAGAAGAGAGGUAGUAGUACGGACCAAGUUGCGGUCUUGAAGACUGAGAAGCGGUAGGGACGGGGAGAAUGGAUGCUUUAUUCAAGAGCUCAGGUGGGGCUCUGGCAGAUCCGGCAGCUGGAGCAGCGCAGUUGGGGCAGGUGAGCCAGUGUUGGCCUUUGGAAAGGGACAGGCUAGGAAGGUCGACAUCUCUGCUUCUGAUCACCAACUAAGAGCUUCCUGACUUUAGGUCAUUAAAAGUCCUCAGCCAGCUGUGGCUGGACAGCUGGUAUUUCUUUCCUGUUUCUGACUUUCUUCACUCCUGGCAGAGAGUGAAGAAAGCAGCCAUAACCUCGAGGUGGUCUGGUCUCUGAUCCAAAACACUGGUUAGACUGGUCCUUGGGGCUGUGACAAGUAGAACUCACCUCUCAGAGGACCACAGUGUGGAGGAGGGCCUUCCGAGGACGUCAGGAUGUGGGGGAAGAUUGACAGAGCCAAGAUGACGGCUGGCAGCUGGAGCUCUGGGGAAGGAGCCCAGGACUAAGGGUCCCCCUUGAGCACAGAGGGCACUAGGUCUUCUUCAGCCCCUGGUGUGGAAAAGGGAAACCCUCUUUUUGGAGGGGCAGGGCUCCUUCUAGUACAAGAAGUUUCUAUGGGUUCUUGCCUGGCUCAGUCAGAGCUAGGGUAAAGGACUGGAGUUUUCCUGAGAAAGCGAUCAGGAGCGGCCAGCCCUCCCUAGGACCCCGACAGCCCUCCGAGGCCCUGUGCUGGGUGUUAGGAUAGAUUGGUGUUGUCUACACCCCAUUAGUAAGUUCUGUCUUGAAUGUGUCCUUGAUGUUCAUUGUCCAAUUUGGUAACAUUUCUUUUGGUCCUGACCCCUUCUGCUGCUGCUGGAUCUGAGCUUCAGUGCAGGUGGAAUGAUGUUCAAAUAAAGACACAAUUUAUA